UCCCAGGAAACAGCAAAACAAAAUAAGGACACAACACAAAUUUCAACGUGACUUGUCUUAAUCUCACCCCUCGCCUCCAAAACAUCUCCUUUUAGUUCUUCCCCUCUCUCUCUCUCUCCCCUUCUUCAGAUUAUGAUAUCAUGCUUUCUCUCUCUUAUUCUUGAUAUAUACUUCCAAAUCCACCAGGCAGUGGGAUCUGCACUUUUUCAAGAAUCCCAACGCACGACAACAUUCGAAUGAAAAGUUUUGCAGGCUGCAGGCAUAUGAUUCAACAGCAACAUCUGGAUUGAGGAAUCCUAUGACAAGGUUUUGCAUGCAUAGGAACACAGUUUUGUAGAAUCAUCUAUCUGCAGAUCAGAAUAGAAUGAUAUCUGUGUGAAUAUAUAUAGCACAUGAUAAGGUUAUCCAAUGGGGUCGUCUACGAAUGCACUGGAGAAGAAAUGGGUGUAUCCUCUUGCAAUCAGCUCAGUUGUCUGCAUUUUCCUUCUGGUAAACUUCUUCAACAUAGGAAUGGUUUCGUCGGGCAAAAUCUUCUCGAUAUUCCCAUCUCGCUUGGCAACCAACGAGACAACCUCAAAUGAUGCUUCUAAGCCUAAAGAUGAGCAGUCUCCACCCCCUCCGCCUGCCCCUUCCAUCCCGCGCUUCGCCUACCUCAUCUCUGCUUCCAAAGGUGAUCUCGAGAAGCUAUGGAGGGUACUCAGAGUAUUGUACCAUCCUAGGAACUACUACCUUGUCCACCUCGACCUAGAGGCGACGGUGGAUGAGAGACUGGAAUUGGCGUCCAGAUUGGAAAGGGAACCUGUUUUUCUCGAGGUUGGGAAUGUGCAUAUGAUCACCAAAGCUAACAUGGUUACUUACAGAGGCCCAACCAUGGUCAGCAAUACUCUUCAUGCCAGCGCCAUUCUUCUCAGAACAUAUAAGGAUUGGGAUUGGUAUAUCAAUCUCAGUGCUUCAGACUAUCCCUUAGUCACUCAAGAUGAUCUGCUUUCCGUAUUCUCAGAUGUGAGAAGAGAUUAUAACUUCAUCGAGCACACGAGUAACCUAGGGUGGAAGGAGACAGGAAGGGGAAUGCCAUUGAUGAUGGAUCCAGGGCUGUAUAAGAAUACUAAGUCAGACUUGUUCUGGGUGAAUCCAAACAGAGGUUUACCCACAGCAUUUAGACUCUUUACAGGAUCGGCUUGGAUGAUGCAGUCGCGUGCAUUCGUGGAGUACUGCAUAUGGGGAUGGGAAAAUCUUCCAAGAACUCUACUCAUGUACUACACGAAUUUCGUGUCCUCCCCGGAAGGAUACUUUCAGACAGUCAUCUGCAAUGUCCCACAGUUCAUACCAACAGCCAUCAACCAUGACAUGCACUUCAUAUCCUGGGACAAUCCUCCUCGGCAGCAUCCUCGUACCCUAAACAUAAACGACACAGCCAACAUUAUUGCAAGUGAUGCUCCAUUUGCCAGAAAGUUCAGGAGGGAUGACCCUAUGUUGGACAGGAUUGACAGGGAGUUACUUGGCAAGAUAAACAGCAGCUACACACCUGGUGGUUGGUGUGAAGGUGAUCCUCCUUGCUCCAAGGUUGGGGACCCCACAAAACUGGUCCCAGGGCCGGGCGCUGAGAGGCUUCGCCGCCUUGUAACUAAACUAAUUUUGUUAACAAAGUUUGGGAACCAGCAGUGUAAUUAGAAGUUUUGUCACAUCACCCUUGCUUUACAGGUUGAAGAAAAGGGAAGCAAGCAGGAUUAGGAAAAGUUCAUCCAAAAGGAAGUAAAAACACAAUAACCUUGUAGUAUAUAGUGUACAACAUUUGCAGCAGCAUCCUCAACAUCUGGUGCUGUUUUUUUAUGAUACAGUAACCCUGUUUAAGAAACCACUACACAUACCACAUUCAUUCUUGUAUUAAAUUUUCUUCUUGGCUUGUUUGUCCUCAACUUCUCUCCCUGUACUAUGAAAUCUGGGUUCUACUGUAGUGAUUUCAUGGUGUAACUGAGAAACUCUACAGACAGCCACUAGUUUAAAAAAUAUUCAGUUUUUCUGCCAA